AUGGACAACAACCUUUCCAACCACGCUGGUCAGAACCCUGAGCCUAACAAAAAGGCACUGUCGAAAGACAACCCCGUUCUGCGACCAAAGAUACCUGUCCUCGAAGACCCAAUGUUCACGAUGACACGAUUUACUUCACCAGACAGCGAGCGAGAAGAUCUUGGGUUUCGGCAGACUCAGACCAGGGCUCAGUCAGCGGCCCGCAUGGCUGAGAAGAUCAAGCCCCUGGACAAGAUCUUGAGACCAAACUGA